CAAAGGUAGGUAGGUAUGGGUGGAUGGUGACACAAUCCUAACCACAUACUUCCUCCAUUCAUUCCCCACAACAUCCAACCCAACCCAUCAUGACCAUCCAAACCCUCCCCCAAACCCAAGAUCCCAACCAAUCUCGUACCUGCGCGCAUCUCCACACUAGCACCAUAGUACCAUACUAUCUGCCCUACACUAACUCUCCCAACCCAACCCAACACAACACAACACCACACCGCACCCAUUCCAUUCCAUUCCGACCCGGGUACCCUUCGGACACCAUCCCCAAUCAACCCGACCCGACCGACUGCGCACCUCGGAUCUGCAGGCACACCUCGAACCCAGAAACCCAUCUGCAUCGGGAACAUCUCCCAAAAUGGAUUUGUGUCCGUUAAUCGUGCGCACUUCUUCUCCUGAUUCGUGGAUCCUGGAGAUGUGGAGAUUUGGAGUGGAUGGGUGGAUGUUCUGGGACCGAGGGGAGGGGUACACUUCGUAUUCAGAUCAUGCUCUUCGUGUUUGUCAUGCACAGCUUGAGUUGGUGGUUCAAAGGUCAACCCCAUGAACAGAUUUCUUUGGGAAGAAAAAAAAUUGAGUUUUUUCACCGAUGCAGGUGUACCUAGGUAGGUACCCAAAUUUUUCGUUCGCGUGCUCAAACAAGUGUGUGUCUGUCAUGUCAGCAUUGCAGAUAGAUGGAUGGGAGGCCCCGGUGCCUACACAGGAAAGCAUUGAAUUUGCAUGGAAGGAGGAAGUAAGUAAGUGAGAAAAUAUAAGCAAGCCACGCAUACAAAUCUCCAGAUGUACGAGAGGUACACCGGUGUAUCUAACGGUUUAAUUACAUAAAUUCUGGUGUCUCCGUGUGGUGGAUGGAUGUGCAAGGCUGUCCUCCACUCUUACUUUCUUCCUCGAUUUUUUAUUUAAAUGAAAUGGGAUUGGAGAAUAUAUGAAUAUCUGAUAUUCUCCGGAUUCUUUUCAUUGCUUUUUUAACUUGAUUCGAUUUGUGCCGGAUUUAUUUUUGCUCUGAGGUUCGAGGGUUGCAUACAAUACUAUCGUUGGAAUCCAUCAGACUGCGCUCGCUUUGAUUUUUUUACCUACAUAUAUAUAUAGAUACCUACGUACAGAGAUAUACUUGCUCGCCGCAGUUUUUGUUUGACAUUCGUUUUACGGGGGAUCCUUUUUACAUAACGGGCGGCUUUACACUACUUCUUUACAUUUCGCAGAUUAUCGCGCUCGUUGUCACAGUUUAUUUGGGAGAUUUAUGAUUUAAUAGUUCAUUAAUUUUUUCUCGCAAAUUAUCUGAUUUCUCAAGUGGAAGUCCACAGAUCUUCUUCAUCAUGAGAGUCGUGCAAAUUUUAAGUCUAGUCGCACAAUUUGCGAUGGUGGUGAGAGGGACGGCUUCGAUUUGUCAAACGCAGAUUGAUCCAAGAAGUAUCGAUGCUGCUACUCGCUCUCAAUGGUGUACUGUUCAAAUCAACACAUGCGGAACCCUUUGCGGUGGUGUCACGGAUGAAAAUACAUGUGAUAUAACAUCCCUCUGCUACUCAUGCAUCUGCACUUCCAACUCCUCACCUCCCGCUCUCCAGCUAUACACCUCCACAAUCCCAUUCUUCGUCUGCGAACAAACAUACUUAGAAUGUAUCGCAGCCGGAGAAGAUGAUCCCGCUGCGCAGAAAGCAUGUAGGGACACUGAAGAACAGAAUUGCGGAACUUUAAAUCCAGAUACUGUUUCUUCUUCUGCUGCAACUUUACCGUCCAAAUCAACAGUGAAACCUACCCCAAUACCUCAGAUGACAUCGCAAACGGGAAUAACCACGAACACGAAUACGGGGGAAUUAAUAACCAGCACGACGAAAACGGUCACGCCGACCCCGACGGGAACGACGACUGUGUGGACUACGUCUACAGCUUCUUCCGGGUUGGGAAGUGCGGGUAAUGGGACGACGGGGAGUGGAAGUGUGAGUGCGGGUGCAAGCGCGACGGGGAGUUUGUCGUCGUUGUUGGGGGGGACGGGUGUUAGUGGUGGUGGUGGUACUACAGCAUCGGUGUCGAGGACGAGUAGUUCGAGGACCGUGACGGGAACAGCGAUAGGAACGAGUGCACCGAGUACGAUUAGUGAGGGUGGUGCGGAGAGAAUGAGAGUUGGGGGAGCGUGGAUUGUUUGGGGUGUGUUGAUGGUUGGAGGUGGAUUUGGGGUUAUGGAUUAAUAGGGAAUGGGAGAGUGAAUUUCUAAGUUGGGAGGGAUACUGGUUGAUAAUGAAGGAAACGUGGGGGAAAUGUGGAGGAAAUAUUAAAAUCCCACGAUGAAGUGAGGAUGAGAUAUCAAGCGAGAAAUGGGAUGGAAGUUGUUAAGGAAAUUAAUACCCAUUUGAAUGUAUAGGAAUCGGGGAGGUUUUAUCUUUUUUUUUUUUUUUUUUUUUUU